AUGAAUGCUGCUCUGCUAAUAGAAGAUUCCGGACAAUUUUAUCAACAAUGUGGGGGUUCACUAGUUUCCGAUCACCACGUAUUGACUGCCGCCCACUGUCUCGUUCAAAAAGGGUUACAAUUAAAACCCGAGUCUAUAAUUGUCCGGUUGGGUCAGUACGACCUUACAAUGAAAGGUCACGACUUUAAAGUGGACAAAAUUUUCAUUUUUCCUUAUUAUAAUAACCGCACCUAUGCCAAUGAUAUCGCAAUUUUGCAACUUAAUAAGAAGGUUGAUUUUAAAGACUUAAUUGAGCCGAUAGUUAUGGCAAUGCCGGGUGAGAAUUACCGGUUUGAGACUUCUGAGGUGACUGACAGUCAGAUUGGUUAUAUCGCCGGUUGGGGCCGAACUUCAGCCACUGGUGAUCACAGCGACAUCUUAUUGGAGGCACAGCUUAUGAUUGUGUCCCAAAUUGAGUGUCAACUGUCAUACAAAAAGAGCAUUAGGAUAGACAUGAGCCGGUUGUGUGCGAUCGCACCGUUAGAAUCGUUGACAGAAUCGGGAGAAACGAUGGACGCCUGUAAGGGAGACUCCGGCGGACCACUCAUUCAAUACGACCAAAUCGGAGAACAGUAUUAUUUGACAGGUGUCGUCAGUUUUGGCAAAAAAUGCGCCACUAAUGCAGCGCCAGGAAACUGUAAUAAUGAAGAUGUGAAGAAAGAUCUGAUGGCAUGGCGUGACUGUUCCCAAAAGAGUUACGCCAAAGAAGUGGCAAAACUGAAACAAAUCAAAACUAGUGAAACAGAUGCCGAGAAAUGUAUGGCCGCUAUUAAGAAGGAGUUCGACCAAUUCAACAAAGACAACCCCAACGGUAUGGCUGCUAUCAUGACGUGCUUUCAUAAACACGUUAAGAAAGAGGACCUCAACAAAUGUUGA